AUGCAGUCCAGGCUAAUGUUCAUCGAUGCGGUGGUCUUCAAGUUCACAAACUUCGUCUGCGAGAGCUACAACCAGUCCUUGUUCGUGUUCAACUACUGUCGCCUGAAGGCCGUCAGUCGUAACAAAGUGAUCUUCAAUAUGAAUGGAACGCUUCUACAUUCAGCCAACAAUGUUUGGAUUCAUUCACAGAUCUUCAAAAGGGCCAACGGCUAUAGACCAUGGCUUUACGAGGUCAAAUUCGAUGCGUGUCAGUAUUUUCGAAGGCCAAAUAAUCCCCUGGUGGCCAUAGUCUAUGGGCUCUUCAAGGAGUACACCAACAUCAACCACACGUGCCCCUAUGUGGGCCCACAGAUUAUCAAGGACUUUUACCUAAGACCCGAGCUGCUGCGUGUUCCGCUGCCGACGGGGGAUUAUCUAUUGAUGAUUCGGUGGUACUUCGAGAAAAGGCUACAGUUCGAUACGAAUGUGACUUUCGUGUUCGAAGAGGAUCUCAUGAAGAGGAAUUAA